AUGGCGAGCAACCACAUCAACGGCAAUGGUGUUGCCCCCUCUCUGGAGGUAGCCGUGGUAGGCGGCGGAAUCAUCGGUGUAAUGACCGCCAUCGGCCUCCAUCGCCGGGGCAUCAACGCCACCAUCUACGAGCGUGCACCCACCUGGCACGAAGUCAGCGCCGGAUUUGCCUUUACAGGCGCCGCCCGUGUAUGGAUGGAACAGAUCGACCCCGCUCUCGUCGAGCUCUUAGGCAGCAUCAGCCAGAAGACCGACGCCAGCACCAGCAACGCCUACUGGAACGGCUUCCACCCACGCACCCGCGAGGAUGCCGAGGAUGAGACCAAGUCACUGCUCUUCCGGACACCAACCAACAACCUCAGCUUCUGGGGCUGCGUGCGAUCGCAGUUCCUGCAGGGCAUGGCGGCCAUGCUGCCAGAAGGAUCGGCCAAAUUCGGGAAACAACUCGUGAGCUACGACGAUGACUAUGAGAGUGGCAAGGUUAUUCUACACUUCGACGACGGCACCACUGCCCAAGCCGAUGUCUUGCUUGGCUGUGACGGCAUCCAUUCGGUUACUCGAAAGGUUCUGUUGGGUGCUGACCAUCCGGCCAGUCGCGCGGGCUUCAGUCACACCGUCACCUACCGCACUAUGGUCCCGAUCGACGUGGGCAUCGCCGCCCUGGGGAAGAAGGUCGCCAAGAGCGCGUGUAAUCACUUGGGUCCGAAUGCAGAUUUGCUCGUGUAUCCGGUCAUGUCCGGGACCCUCCUCAACAUCGCCGUGUUCGCCUACGAGGAGCCAGAAUUCCCCGACCCCGUCAAGAUGACCAUUCCCGUCGACCGGAGCGAAAUCGAAAAACUCUUCAAGGGCUGGAGUCCUCAAGUGGCUGACAUCUGGAAGCUCUAUCCGGAGAAGGUAGUCAAAUGGGGGAUCUUCGAUCUGGAAGAUAACCCCCCGCCGACGUAUGCGCGCGGCCGGGCCUGUCUCGUCGGCGAUGCCGCACACGCCAGCACCCCGUACUUGGGCGUGGGCGCUUGUACCGGUGUAGAGGACGCGCUGGUAAUCUGCACACUGUUGGAGUCGGUGCAGCAGAAGGCGCUUGGCGGGGCGGCGUUGAGAGAUGCGCUGACCGGAUCGUUACAGACGUAUAGUCAGGCACGGUUGGAGCGGGGGAGAUGGAUUCAUCAUCAUUCGCGCCAGAUGGGCCAGAUGUAUCAUUGGCGGUAUGGGCCGACCGGACGGGACCCGGAGCGGAUGAAGAAGACGCUGGAGAAGAAUUGGUCGACGGUGGUGAACUAUGAUGUUUGGGGGCCGUUGGACCCGGAGUUGAGAGAGUUGGCGGAAAAGAGGUUGAAGGCUUAG